AAGUACUGAUCAAAAGAUGUGUACUCACUCGAAAUACCGAAAUAGGACAGCCCACAAUCAUGCCAUUUCGGGUUUUUAUUAUACAUUUCCGCUUUAAGCUGGCAGAAAUUCAAAAGCUAGCGCAUAAAAACUUCAAGCAGUGCCAAAACAAAAAAGACUGAGAUUUGUCGGUGAAACCCUGCCUGAAAAUCAUAGGGAAGUGAAUUACUGAAUUAUAUUAAACACGUUGAAAAAAAACGACGGGAUGACUUAUCAACCAGUUUUUGAAGUAAUAUGGCGCCAUUUCUUGUGGAAAAAAUUUAUACAGACGAAAGAACAGGGGCGUACCAAGAUGUAAGUGUUUGGAGGGCUCGAUUGGAUUCCAUCCCUGAAGGUGUGUUUAUGAUCGGGGACGUUGCAUUUGGAGCGUUUACUUCCAGUUUUCCACGAAACGCUGUGGUUCUGGUGAAGCCCUUGAUCAAGUAUGACCAUCUUGGUGAAAUCAUCAAACCGCCAUCUUCCUACGAGGAAAUUUGGACCGACGAGGGCUCCGGGGGUAGACAAGACGGCUCUUUUUGGCGAGUACAUGCUCCUCCAGGCUUUGUGGCCCUAGGCGAUGUGGCUUGCAAUAACUGGUCUCAGCCGACCCCUGAAUUUACCGCCAAGUAUGCCUGCAUCCGACAAGAUUUACUUUCUGCUGAUGCUGAACUGUCUUCCACAGCUUUAUGGAACGACAGUGGCUCCGGAGCAAAGUGACAUGUUUCACUCUGGCCCGUGCAAGGUUAUUACCAGCCAACUGGAUGUUUUAAAGCCCAUAGAGCAUACAACAAACCAUCUUUGGAAGUGUACACGCUACCAAUUGCCAAGAUAUACAGUAAGGAAUGCUCCAAUAACUAACAGUUGAAGAAGUAAAAUUAUUGACGUCACUAAAGAUUCUGAAUCUUGUAUAGGUCUUCGUUAAAUCUCGUUGAUUACGCAUGUAUCUGCAAUAAUGUGUCAGAAGAACCGACUGCAAUUAACGCUUAAAAGAAUCAUAGAAGCUGUAUUACUGUAUAAAAGCAUGUGAUUAUAGAUAAAAUAAAUAUGACUACAGUUUCUUCUCAAGAACAUCGAAUUUGUCGACGCUUUGUAGUCUUUCGAAUUUGUUAAAAACUUGUGUGAGCACGGAAACCAUUAGCGUCAUUUAAUGUUCGCUUUGGAUAUACAGUUCGUUAAAAUCUUCUUAAUUUCACAGUGAAGAGUUUCAUAGCACUCUAGUAUUCAGCUACUACAUCAUAGCAUCACAAACGAAGCCAUUUUUACCUUGAAUUUGAAGCUGAUCGCUCGCUACUAACUGCAUGAAUCAGUGUAAUGUAAGCUAAAACCCUAAGUGUGCUCACUGAGACAUCAAUAAACCAAACACAGACCUUUUUAAGAAUAUAACCAGACUCGUAU